UUUUUCUAUCUCUCGUUUAGGUGAGUCAAAGCAAAUCAGGAAGUAUGAGGCCAUGACAGUGGAGAGAAACGUAGACACACAAUGGCACCAUGUCUGCUUUUACCGCUGCUUAUGUAAGGCGAGGUCCCAGGGAGAUGAGACCUGUGCUACUGUUGCUGUUACUGGCCAGUCUGGCCGGAACAGGUCAGUUUGAUGAUUACCUCGGUCCCUCUGAAGGCGAAGAGGAAGAGGUCACCACUACCGACCAAUCCUUCCCGGCAAGCGGUGAAUCAGAGGAUGACCAAGGUCCUAUGAUAACUGAAUCAUCUCAAGACCAAACGAAUGACACGUGGAUACCAGAGGAUCUAGAUAUUUUUAACAGCAGUGACGCCGCUGAACCCCUGGAGGAGGGUCUUAGCUUCACCAUCAUCCUGGUCCCCGUGGUGCUGGUGGUGGUCAUCAUAGGCAUGAUUGUGUGUGGCAUCGCCAUGAGCCGCAAGUGGAAUCAGAAGAUGACCACAUCAGAUAAACCAAAUGAUUCAUAUAUGCAAGCAAGCAGCACAGAGAAGGUACCAAUGCCUAUGUUUGACGAUGACAUCCCCUCCGUGCUGGAGCUCGAGAUGGAGGACAUGGACCAAUGGGUCGAGAAUAAUGCCUAACGAAAAUAAAUACUGCUGACACCAUCCCUCCCUGGAAAUGUAUUUACCGAAAAACAUUCUCUUUUCAAGCAAGGACCCACUGUUACCUAUAUAUAUCACCAAUACCUAUUUCAGUCAAUACCUUGAAUAUGCAAAUAACUAGACCACAUAAUAAUGCCUUUUAUGAUUUUUUGUACUUGUUUGUCUGUUCCAUGUUUAUUUAUUGUUUUCUAUGUGUCCGUUGCCUUUUUGUAUUUGGCUGUCCAUGCUAAUUACAUGGAACUGCACAUGUGACGUCUGCGUAUGAUACUAUUAGUUUGGAAGAAGUCUGACUUUAAGUAAGUCUUAAUCUUCUAUUUUCUGCAUCACAGAUUGUUUUAUCCAAUAAACUAUGACUAGAAUU